CUGCAGCGCUGCAUGGCGCAGUGCGUAGCCAACGCCUCGCGCAUCCGCCAGCUGCUGACGGCCACGCACCAGCCUCAAAUGGAUACUAUGCUCGCCAAAAUGGAGGCGGAGCUGAGCACGUGGACGGCGUUCCUGCAGCGCGCCGUGGACGCCACCUACAGCACCGAGGUGGUCAUCGACAAUCUCCACAACAUGAUCGCCGAACAACGGCGGUGCGUGCGCGAGGUGUCUUCCUCCAGCGUAUUCACGUCGAUGUGCGAGGCCAGUGGCUCGCCGCCUGCCGCCGAGCGCACCGCCGACGACGCGCCGCCCGCCGCCGCCGCCGCCGCCUCGCCUCGCUCGCCGCUCGAGCGCCGCGCGCCCUCGGCCGCCUGCAGCACGCCCAUCGCCCGCGACUAA